CGAGAAAUAAAAAAUGAGUGUGUAUGGGGGAGACAGUUGGGGAAGAGAAGCAGAAUGCAGAAAAAGAAGAGUCCAUAAUCUUCUCAUAAACGGCGUCGACGAUUCUCAUUACAAGAAGCUCUCCAAUGGCAAAUAUAAAUGUCUUGUUUGCCCUCACAAUCCAAUUCUUGAUUCUCCUCUUCAUCUCUCCAUGCAUUGCAAGGGAUCGCGCCAUCUUGCUGCGGAAUCACAACUGAAGGAAAGGGAAUCGAUGAGAAAGGAUGAAAUUCAUAAGAGAUUGGCAGUCUCAGAAUCCCAUUUUGGCGCUACCAACUCUACUAGCUUAAACAAAAAAGUUAGGUUAGGUACUGAACCGUUAAUCGAACAGACAACGAAGACUAAACCAUUAAUCGAACAGACGAGGAAUGCUACUUCUGAGGCACUUUCUUACAACGGAACUCAUCAGCAGAGUUCUGGUAACCAACAUUAUGAUGGUAAAUUGUGCACGGGGCAGGAUGCUAAUUUGACGUCUGAGGGUUUACUCUUACAGCAGCAGUGGGAUUUUCGAGAACGUAGAGAACGCGAACUCAAGUUUAUAGAAGCGGGUUGGAAGCGUGAUUGUCAUGGGAAAUGGUUCAGGGAUGAAAAUGUUGAAUUUGACUCUGAUGAAGAAGAUCCAAAUGAAUGCCUUCGACUUGAAUCACAAAACUAGCAAUACCAUGUGUAUGUCGAUACAUUUCUUUGUCAUGUGAAGUUACACUCUUAAUUAAAGUUGAUGUGUAUUAGAAGAUAAAUUUUAAUCGAAUAUAGCCCAAUUAAUAUUAAAAUCAUUUUUGAAA